AUGGCUUACGAUGAUGUUAUUUUACGGAUGGGAGAAUUCGGGAGGUAUCAACGCAGGAUUUAUGUACUGCUCUGCCUUCCAGCGAUUAUUUGUGCUUUUCAUAAGAUGGGUGGAGUUUUUCUCGGACCCAAGAUGACUACCAGAUGUUUAUUACCUUGGGAAGAAAAGAACGCAACAUUUUUUAUAGACCCAGUUAUUAUGAAUGCGAGUUACCCCAUAGAAGAUAAGCAGUGCUUGAGACGAGUAAAUUUGACGGGAUACGUCCCUGAAGGCAGAGGAAAUGCUAUAGCUGGAAGUAGCGGCGAUUCGACAAGGUUGUCAAGCGACGGGCUCACGACCUGCGAGGAAUUCGUCUUUGACACUAGCAUUUACAAAAGUACAACUACCUCUGAGUGGAACCUAGUUUGUGAAAGAAAAUGGAUGAGAGCUUUUGGAGAUUCGCUUUUCAUGGUAGGAGUGAUGCUUGGUUCAAUAAUAUUUGGUGGUUUGUCUGACAAAUUUGGACGUAGACCAAUUUUCUUCCUGUCUUUAGUAAUUCAGCUCGUCGGAGGUAUACUUGUUGCCAUUGCUCCGGAGUAUGUUUCGUAUAUCAUCUUUAGAUUAAUUGUUGGUUCAACGACAAGUGGGGUGUUCUUGGUAGCCUACGUAAUUGCUCUGGAAAUGGUUGGUCCGAAAAAACGUUCAGUUGCUGGAGUAGGUUGUCAGCUAUUUUUCACAUUUGGUUACAUAGUAACCGCUGCGUUUGCUUACUACAUUCGUGAUUGGAGAUACUUGCAAGUCGCUAUUACACUACCGAGCUUUGCCUUUCUUGUUUAUUGGUGGUUUAUUCCUGAAUCUGCGCGUUGGCUUUUGACAAAAGGCAAAGACGAUGAAGCUAAAGAAUUAUUGCAGCGCGCUGCUAAGGAAAAUGGUAUUGAAAUACCUCGUGAUACGUUAGAUUGUCUUUUACAUGAAAACUGCGGAGAAAAUGUUGUUGUAAAUAGCCAAGCCUCGUUGUUUGAUUUAUUCCGUACUCCAAAUCUCAGAAAAAAGAGUUUACUUCUCUUUUUCAAUUGGUUGGUCAACAGUGGAACUUAUUAUGGUCUUUCGUGGAAUGUAAAUAAUUUAGGAGGAAAUGAUUAUGUUAAUUUUGUAAUACUCGGUGCUGUUGAAGUACCAGCAUACUUAUUUCUGAUUUUUGUACUAGAACGUUGGGGAAGAAAGAGUAUUCUUUGUGGUUGCAUGGUUGUUUCUGGUCUUGCCUUAGUAGGAACGAUAUUUGUUCCAGAAGAAUAUCCUUGGAUGAUUAUAGUACUUGCAAUGAUCGGUAAAUUGGCAAUAACAUCCUCAUAUGGUGGUAUAUAUGUUUUUACUGCUGAACAGUUCCCUACGGUUGUGAGAAACGUUGGCCUUGGAGCUUGUUCAACUUUCGCCAGAAUUGGCGGUGUCAUUGCACCCUAUGUUAAUCAUUUAGCCGAAAUAUGGAAACCUUUACCACUAGUUAUAUUUGGAGGUUGCGCUCUCGUUGGAGGCUUGAUAUCACUCAUGUUACCUGAAACGCUUAACAAGAAAUUACCUGAAACAAUUGAAGACGGUGAAUUAUUCGGAUUAAAAGACAAAACUUCAAAAUUAAACAAAGAUAAACAUCGAGAAUUAAAACAGCUAGAUGUACAUCACUUGACUGAUACUGACUCAAUGAAACCAUUGAAGCCAGUAGAAAAUGGAAUACAUGAUUCAAAGCAAAAUGGAUGA